AUGGACUGGUACAACAAUCGAUCAAAACGUAGCUCAAUAUCAACAGGUGCCCCAUCAUAUUCUCCUGCCUCGUAUGGGAUCUUAUCCACCAGUUUACACUCUCCUUUCAGUCACAACCAGCUGCGAUUCACUAGUGGAACCACCCCGGUUCCGAAGACACCUCCACUCAGCUCGACUUCAUCACCUAGCUUGAUGACUACUACCACACCUUUAGAACGGAAUUCAUAUUAUUUCAGCCAGUUGCCGCUUUACACCAGUGACUGGCAGUAUGUUGCUAAUUCCGAACUGGAUUGCAUCGCGCUAGGUUCGUACAAAGAAGGGUUCACGAAUAAAUUGGAGAUUAUCCAUGGCGUAAGUUACGAACAGGAGUUUAAGAAUAAUGACGAUGUGAUGUCGCCUACUGCCGGGUACGAUGAUGACGUUGUCCAAGGAUUUUAUUUCCUGCGGGUGGCCGAGACCAGUGUCGAUUAUCCGAUUACACAUUUACAAUGGGAUCCAAUGAUGGCAUCAAACGGCGGCAGUGAACGCCUUGCUGCUUCCAGUGAAGUGUUAAGAUUGUAUAAGGUGAACAAGGAAGAAGGGUACGAUAGUAACAACAACCAUCAUAAUAACUACAGUUUGACCCAGACUCACAUAUUGGCCAAUAAUACCGCCAGCAGUUGCACAUCAAGUUCGAACUCGCUUGGCAACAAUGGAUCAAGCUCCAAAAACGAUGAUAUAAACACGUACCCUCCAAUAACGUCUUUUGAUUGGAACAAAACUGAUCCUAGCAUAUUAAUCACAUCGAGUGUAGACACAACAUGCACAGUGUGGGAUUUACACCGCAGUCACCCGCGCGAUGAAACCACCGACACCGCCACGGUUAAAACCCAAUUAAUUGCCCACGACUCUGAAGUGUUUGACGUGAAGUGCAUUCAUAAAUCAACCAAUGUCUUUGCAUCAGUAGGCAAUGAUGGAUCAAUGAGAGUGUUUGACUUGAGGAGUCUUGAACAUUCGACUAUAAUCUAUGAACCACCCACGAUGACGGCCACGUCUUCCUCCUCGUCCAGCAAUCCAGCUUCAUCCACAUUUAAUUCCAAGGCAUUGAUUUGUCUUUCUACUUCAAAUAUUGACCAACACCAUCUUGCCACCGUCGGUAUCAACUCCAACCUUGUUAUAAUUAUCGAUAUGAGAAUGCCGGGAAUACCAGUAGCGACGUUGGACGGAUCAUUCGGAGGAAUCAAUCAUGCCCUGAUAAAUCUGAUCCAAUGGCAUCCAACGCUGAAUUACUUGUUAACUGGUGGUGACGAUUGUCAGGCGCUUGUUUGGGAUUGUAAUAAUUUGACUCCAAAGAGUGGCAGUUCUAGUAGUAGCACUGGUGUUGUACUAGAUACUCCCGUACUAGCUUACGAAGAAGAUUUAGAGGUUAAUAAUGUUUGUUGGAGAAAGGAUAAAGGUGAUUGGAUGGGAGUAAUCAGUGGUAAAGGAUUCCAAGCGGUACUGAUAUAG